AUGGAAGUGGAAAGCAUUAAAAUACAGUCGAUGAAUGAUAACUUGGCUAGUGGUAUAUAUGAUAUUAAAACCCCAAUAUCUGAUGGAACGACAAUCAUUGGCUUAAUAUACGAUAGUGGUGUGAUGCUUGCAUGUGACACUAGAACAUCCUCAGGAACGUUUAUUACGAACAAAUGUUCAAGGAAAAUAAAUCGAAUAAAUGAAAAUAUCUAUGUGUGUAGAAGUGGUGCUUCAGCACAUAGCCAAAAAGUAAUUGAAAUAAUAAAACAUUAUUGUUUAUCUAUGAAAAGUGAAAAUCGAAAAAAAGGUAGAUUCCAUGAAGAUGAAGUAAUAAAUGAUGAUAUAAAUGAUGAAGAGAUUGACAUAAAUAAAAUUAACAAUUCGUUAGAUUAUAAUAAUAGCAAUACAAAUUUAAUAACUAAACAUAAAUAUUUUUAUGAAGAUAAAUUUAUGGAUUAUAAUCCGUUAGUAGAAAAUAUAGCACACAUUACCAAAAAGCUUCUGUAUGCGAAUAAUAAUUUCUUAUCGUGUGGUCUUAUCUUUGGUGGUUAUGAUAAAGAAAAAGAACAACAACUUUAUUCAGUCAAUUUAAAUGGGAGCAUAAUUCAAAGAUAUGAUUAUGCAGUUAGUGGUAGUGGGAGUGUAUACAUUCAGUCGUAUUUACAAGAUAAAUAUAAAAAAUUUAUGAACAAAAAAGAAUGUUUUGAUUUAAUUCUAAAUUGUGUCAAAUAUGCCAUGUACAAUGAUAAUAGUAGUGGGGGGAUUGUAAGAAUAAUUAAUAUAACGAAACUCUUUGUAGAAGAAUACACCGUUACAAAUACCCAGCUGCAUUUUGAUUACUAG